GUUGCUUCGCUCUUUCGCCCAAUAGCCGAGGGCCUGCCUUUUUCUUUCGACCUCGCAGGCAAAGACGGGGAAGAGGAGGAGGAGGAGGAGGAGAGCGGGAGCGAUGGCGGCGGAGAGCCGGGAGGAGAAAGAUGGUGAACUGAAUGUUCUGGAUGAUAUAUUGACUGAUGCACCUGACCAUGACGAUGAGCUCUACAACCCUGAUAGUGAGCAAGAUAAAAGUGAGAAAAAGGGAUCCAAAAGGAAAAGUGAGAGGAUGGAGACUGCUGAGAGUAAAAAACAAAAGGCUUCUUUGCAUUCCUCAAGGCAGAUGCUGCCAAAACCUCCAAGUUCAACUGUUAGCAAUAACAAAAGGAUAGUAAGCACAAAAGGAAAGCCAGUUUUGGAAUACAAGAAUGAAGAAUAUCAAAGGUCAGACAGGAACAAGCGCACAGAAACUGACAGAAAAACACGUAUGACAAGCAGCAGCUCAAGAGAUCCUUACAAAGGGCAGUCUGAAAAGGCAUGUGUGAGGAAAAGGGAUGCUGACAGAAGAGCUAAAUCUUCCACACCAGAUGCUGCAGGGAGACUAAGGCAUGAGGUGGACAGACGGACAAGCAGGUCCAGCCACUCUUCAAAAGAAGAGGUGAAUUCUGAGGAGUAUGGUUCAGAUCGUGAAACAGGUAGUAGUGGCUCCUCUGAUCCAGGAAACACUGAAAAUGAAGAGGAGGAAGAAGAAGAGGGAAUGGAGGAGGAGGAGGAGGAAGAGGAAGAUGAUGAUGGAGAAGAAGAUGAAGUAGAAGAAGAUGGAGAUGAUGAUGAAGAGGAUUAUGAUCAAGAUGAGAGAGAUCAGAAAGAAGGAAAUGAUUAUGAUACACGAAGUGAAGCUAGUGAUUCUGACUCUGAAUCUGCAUCCUUUACUGAUGGAUCAGUCAGAUCUGGUUCAGGCUCAGAUAUAUCAGAUGAGAAAAAGAAGGCAAGGAAAAGAGCUAGAGGCAUCUCUCCCAUUGUUUUUGAUAGAAGUGGAAGCUCUGCAUCAGAGUCAUAUGCAGGUUCAGAAAAGAAGCAUGAGAAAUUAUCAUCUUCCGUUCGUGCUGUCCAAAAAGACCAAACUAGCAAACUAGAUUACAUUCUCCAAGAGGCAAGAUUUUUUCUUAUCAAAAGCAACAACCAUGAGAAUGUCUCACUGGCCAAAGCUAAGCAUGUCACUUAUACAUUUAGGCGUGAAUUGCCAUUCACAAAGACUGCUCACCUGACCAAUCCUUGGAAUGAACAUAAGCCAGUAAAGAUUGGACGUGAUGGACAGGAAAUUGAGGUUGAAUGUGGAACCCAGCUUUGUCUCCUAUUCCCUCCUGAUGAAAGUAUUGACUUGUAUCAACUCAUUCAUAAAAUGCGACACAAGAGAAGAAUGCAUUCUCAGCCUCGGUCAAGAGGACGACCAUCCCGUCGAGAGCCACUCCGAGAUGUGGGAAGGCGUCGACCAGAAGAUUAUGAUAUUCAUAACAGCAGAAAGAAACCAAGAAUUGAUUAUCCCCCUGAAUUUCACCAAAGACCAGGGUAUUUAAAGGAUCCCAGAUACCAAGAUGCAGACAGACGAUUUUCAGGAGUCCGAAGAGAUGUCUUUUUAAAUGGGUCCUACAAUGAUUAUGUGAGAGAAUUCCACAACAUGGGACCACCACCACCCUGGCAAGGAAUGCCUCCCUACCCAGGUAUGGAACAGCCUCCCCAUCACCCUUAUUACCAGCACCACGCUCCUCCGCCACAAGCUCACCCUCCUUACUCAGGGCACCAUCCCAUACCACACGAUGCACGAUAUCGAGAUAAGCGAGUGCAUGACUAUGACAUGAGAGUAGAUGACUUUCUACGUCGGACACAAGCAGUUGUCAGCGGCCGAAGAAGCAGGCCCCGAGAGCGAGAGCGGGAACGUGAGCGAGAACGUGAACGGGAUCGACCCCGAGAUACAAGAAGAGACAGAGACCGAGAUCGGGGGAGGGACAGGGAGAGAGAGAGAAUAUGUGAUCGGGACAGAGACAGGGGGGAAAGAGGAAGAUACAGAAGAUAAUGCAUUAUGGAACGACAGUCACUUAAAGAAGCAGAGGCUUGUAUAUUUGUGUGUUUACAGGUAGUAAACUUUUUUCCUCCAUCGGCCUACUUUAUUGUGUAGAAGGAUUUAUAAUUGACCCUCUUUGUUCCAAGCAUGCAGUAAGCUGUGAACUGGAAAAAAAAACCCAUCAGCCAAAAACAUGUGCAAAGCUUGAUUACUUUAAUUUGAGUAGUCUUGGGAAACAGUUUAAAAUAUGUAGAUAAAUUAUCUUCCCCAUGUGUUUAUGUUAACAGUAAUUUAAUCGCAUUUUUUUCCAAUAUUGAUAACUGUGAUAAGAUUUUUGCUCUGUUUUCUUAUAUGUAGUUUUUACAUGAUUUAUGUGGGGGGGGGGGAUGCUGCUAUCAAGUAUGCAAAUACUGAGUGUGAUGGUUUGGGUUGUAUGGCAGCUUUGGAGCAGCCAUGUCUUGGUUUUUCUGGCUGUUUUUUUUUUUUUUUUAACUUCUGUAAAAGUCAAGCUUGUUCAAUAAUGAAAGCAAUAUAAAGAUAUUGAUACCUAAUUUUUAACCUUCAAAAAGAAUGUUCCUUUGUUCUGGUGGCAUUUUGGUUAAUGCUAUUGUUUAAUUGCUUCUCCCAGUCCCUUAUUUCCUUGAAACAUCCACAUUGUUUAGACUGUCCGAUGCAUAGAACACAAAAUGCUGCUGUAUUCUACAUUGCUACCAUUGCUUUUUUAUAAUAAAUUGGUAAGAGUCA